AUGGAAAAUCUUGAAUUAAAAUUGUAAUCUACAAAAGAGAAACAACAAUAUCAUUCUUUAUUUUCUAAUGAUAACUUUAAAGUAGGAAGAUUGAAAGUUAUUAAAGGAGAAUAAUUAAAAAAUGUCGGUGGAUAGUAUUAUAAUAUUAAAUUAUACUCAAAUGAAGGUAAAACAUAAGGGUUAUGGAAGCUCAUCAAUGUAAAGUAUUCUUUAUUAUUAAAUAGGGGGAGGAUAAUUUAAUUAAAAUAGUCAGCAGAAUGGAAAAUGGGUUGAUUUAUGUAAUUGAUUUUGGGACUAUUCAAAAGUUACAUUUCAUAAUGUAUAUUAGAAGGGGAAAAAAGUUGGAGAAUGCAAUAUUUUUUAAAGGAGUUUAUGGGAUAAGCCUUUCCAAAUAAUGUAUUAUAAAAAAAAGAAUAUCUUUUAGUGGUGGAAGGUAUUAAGAUGAAGUGGUCAGAUGUGAAAUAUAUUGGUGCAUAAAAAUGGGGAAAAAGUUGGUAUAUGGAAUAUAUUAUGGAUUAAGGAUUUAAAAUAAAUGUAUGUUUAUUAAUAAGAUCAAUUUUGUAUUUUUUGAAGGUCAUAUAAUGA